GCGAUGAGAGCGACGCACCGGAAGCGGUACCUUGGAAGGUCUUCAGGAGCAGCGGAGACGUGUCGGUCUGGGAAGCGCCGGGGGCCCUUCGCUAGGUCUGUGGGCGUGGAAGGUGACGGCUAGUUUCCCAGCCGAGCAGCGUGGGGCGGCGGCGGCGGCGAAAGCCGGGGCUGGGAGGUUUGGCCGCGGGGGUCCCAGCCAUGGCCGAGUCCGUGGAGCGGCUGCAGCAGCGGAUACUGGAACUGGAGCGGGAACUUGCCCAGGAGAGAAGUCGGCGGGCCCUGGGUGACGGCGACGGAGCGGGCGGCCGGGCCCGCAUUGAGAAGAUGAGCUCAGAGGUGGUGGAUUCCAAUCCCUACAGCCGCCUGAUGGCCUUGAAACGAAUGGGAAUUGUAAGCGACUAUGAGAAAAUCCGUACCUUUGCUGUAGCAAUAGUAGGUGUUGGUGGAGUUGGUAGUGUGACGGCUGAAAUGUUGACAAGAUGUGGCAUUGGUAAGUUACUCCUCUUUGACUAUGACAAAGUAGAACUGGCCAAUAUGAACAGACUUUUCUUCCAGCCUCAUCAAGCAGGACUGAGUAAAGUUCAAGCAGCAGAACAUACUUUAAGGAACAUUAAUCCUGAUGUUCUUUUUGAAGUACAUAACUAUAAUAUAACCACAAUGGAAAACUUUCAACAUUUCAUGGAUAGAAUAAGUAAUGGUGGGUUAGAAGAAGGAAAUCCUGUUGAUCUAGUUCUUAGCUGUGUGGACAAUUUUGAAGCUCGGAUGGCAAUAAAUACAGCUUGUAAUGAACUUGGACAAACAUGGAUGGAAUCUGGGGUCAGUGAAAAUGCAGUUUCGGGGCAUAUACAGCUUAUAAUUCCCGGAGAAUCUGCUUGUUUUGCGUGUGCACCACCACUUGUAGUUGCUGCAAAUAUUGAUGAAAAGACUCUUAAACGAGAAGGCGUUUGUGCAGCCAGUCUUCCUACCACUAUGGGAGUGGUGGCAGGGAUCUUGGUACAAAAUGUGUUAAAGUUUCUAUUAAAUUUUGGUACUGUUAGUUUUUACCUUGGAUACAAUGCAAUGCAAGAUUUUUUUCCUACUAUGUCCAUGAAGCCAAAUCCUCAAUGCGAUGAUAAAAAUUGCAGGAAGCAGCAGGAAGAAUACAAGAAAAAGGUAGCAUUAUUGCCCAAACCGGAGACUGUUCAAGAAGAGGAAGAGAUAAUACAUGAGGAUAAUGAGUGGGGUAUUGAGCUGGUAUCUGAGGUUUCAGAAGAGGAAUUGAAAAAUUCUUCAGGUCCAGUUCCUGACUUACCUGAAGGAAUUACAGUGGCAUAUACAAUUCCAAAAAAGCAAGACGACUGUGUACCUGAAGUAACAGUAGAAGAUUCUGGAGAAAGCUUGGAAGACCUCAUGGCCAAGAUGAAGAAUAUAUAGAUUAUGGACUGGCAUAUAUUUUACUUUUUCUGUGUUUAAGCCUAUUCUUUUGAAAUUAAAAAAAAUUCAAAACUGAAAAAACUUAGGGCAAGAUUAACUAAUGUAUGUAAUCUUCACUAAAUUGUUAUACUUUAUUAAAAUACUGUAGCUGUUGCUCUUUGCUCCCCUUUCCAACUAAAUCUAAUAGCUGUCCUAAAAGGUUUGCCUUCAGAGUACUAUUGUAGCAUAUCCACCAAAAUAUCUUGGCCUUUUGAAGGUUGGGGAAGGAUCAAUCUGAUUCUAUAGUCUUUAUUUCUUUCUAGUAAUCCCUUGUAGUCUGUGAAAAGGACAUAGACAAUAAAGUAGUACAAACAAAAGGAGGACAGGUGCAGCAUAUUGAUCAGAGCUGGCAAGUGUCUGUCACUGUGUUUGGUUCUACAAGAAAAUUGCCCAGAAUUACUGUCUUGACCAACAGUGAUUUUUAAAUACUUAACCCAUAAAAUGAAAUUAUCCUCUCCAGUGUUUUUGGAUUUAAUACAAGCUGCAAUGUAAUCAUUGGAGAAGUUUAAAAGUUGUGAAUUAUAUACUCAAAACAAGACAAAGGCAAGUAAAUGGAACCUGUCUUCAUGGGUAGGUAGAUAAAGGUACUUUCAGGAAAGUCAAAUUUUAUUUUAUUCUGCACUGACCAUGGAAAAGAAAUCAUUGUUAUCUGUGGCAUAUGUAUCUUGAGUUUCUGCACCUUAUUGGAAAACAAGGCAUAAAUUUAGACUGAUAUCCACAUUAUACCUACCAAAUAGGCUACUUCCAAAUAUUUCAUUUAAAUUUGAUACUUAAGGUAGUGAGAUAUUGACAAGGGUUGUCCUGGCCAGUAAAUAUGAAAGAAGAGUUUUAAAUUACCUCCACAAUGACUAAUAUAUACUGCUUCCUUGGAGGAGGCUCAUUUCCUGAUUGUGACUACUAAAUCGUAAAUUGAUAUAAACUGGUUUUCUCUGGAGUUACAUACAAAUAGCAAAGUUUUAGCAUUGGUUGGAGUAAAUUCAAAAUGGUUUGGAGACCAAUAAACAACAUGCAAGUGUAACCAUUGCCAGUAGGCUGUUACUAUGCUAAUAUCUUAUUUUGAUGAUUGUUACUUUGAAGAUAUGAAUGUCCAGGUUGAAUCAGUUGUAUCUACAGGGGGAAAAUGUUAGUAAAAAGUUAAAAGUACAUUCCCUACUUGUAAAAUAAAGUUCUAAAAACUGA